AUGACAACAGCAAUUACUAGAGCUCAAGCCAAAUUACAACAACAAACAAUGGCAACACCAUCUAUUAAACUGACAGAUGGAAAAAUUAAUGAGCUCAUCCCACAAGGGAAAGAAGCGACUGAUGAAGAACUGAUAAUCAAACCAUCAGAAAAAAAUUCAAAUAAGAUCAUCCCAUUUGAUAUGGAUGAUUUAAGAAAACUUCAAGAAGAAGAUAAAACAACUCAAGAAAUUAAAAAGAAUAUUAAGAAUAAAAAACAGUAUUUUAUUAAAGAUGGAAUAUUAUUUAGAAAACAACAACUACCACUUUCACCAGUGCCAUACGUUCCAAUAGGACGAAUACGUGCUGAUAUAUUAAAAAUUUAUCAUGAUACACCUGCAAAUGGAGCACAUUUUGAACGUGACAAAACAAUAAGAAAAAUACAAGAACGUUAUUAUUGGCCAACAAUGAUAGCAGAUAUUAAAAAUCAUUUAAAUUCAUGUUUACCAUGUGCACAAAACAAUUAUCGUCGUCAAAAAUUACCAGGAAAAUUAAAACCAAUACCACCACCAGAAGGAAUAUGGAAAUUAUUAAGUAUGGAUUUUCAUGGUCCAAUAACUCCAACAUCAAAAAAAGGAAAUAGAUACAUUAUAUCUCUAACAGAUGUAUUAUCAAAAUUUGUUAUCGCAAAAGCUGUUCGAGAUUGCUCAGCAACAACAGCAGUGAAAUUUCUUAUUAAUGAUGUUAUAUUAAAAUAUGGUACUCCAACAUGUAUAUUAACCGAUAACGGUACUCAUUUUACUUCUCAAGUUAUGAACAAAUUAUUUGAAAACAUUGGAGUUACCCAUCUUUAUUCCACAGUGUAUCAUCCACAAACUAAUGGACAAAUUGAACGAUUUAAUGCUACAAUGGAUGGAAAAAUUGCCGCAUUAUGUAAUGAACGACGAACAGAUUGGGAUGAAGUAUUACAAUUUGUUACAUUUAAUUAUAAUACAUCAAUACAUGCAACAACAAAACAAACACCAUUCGAAAUGAUGCAUGGAAGACAAGUUACACUUCCAUUUGAUCAACAAAAAGAAAUUAUUUCGCUCACACAAGAUUCAGAGCACAGUGAAAAAAUUAGAAUAUAUCUCGAAAAAUUAGUGAAUGAAGCUCGAAACAAUAUUAUAAAAAAUCAACAACAAUAUAAAGCUCGAUAUGAUUUACAUAGACAAGAUUUAGUAUUAAAAAUUAAUGAUUUAGUUUUAAUCAAAACAAAAAAUAUUAGGAAUAAAUUUGAUAUACGAUAUGAAGGUCCAUUUAAAAUUAUUAAACAAUUAGGACAUAAAACAUUCAUUGCUCAACAUGUAAAAAAAUUAACAUUAACAAGACAAGUAACAAUGGAUGUCAUCGUUCCAUUGGUGGAACGAUGGAAUUUAAUUCAAUAA